AUUCAAUCAUUAUUAAUUUCGAUAAAAGUCGGAAAUAGUCAUAUAUUGGUGGAUAUCUAGCUAUAGAGGAUACCUAAAAAUGUACAGUAUAACGGACAAACUAAUAUAAAUACAAAACUAAUAUAACUUAUUUUAUCGGCGCUUUGCACACAAAACAUUGGAUUUGCAGUAAGAUCUAAACGAUGACAACGAAUGCAAAGUUGACCAUUUACGUGCUAUGUUUCUUGGGCUUUUUUGGAGUGAACAUCGUGAAAGCGCAGAACUAUAGAUGGUCAGCAUGGAGUCGAUGGAGCGAAUGCAUGACUUCGUCAGAUUUGGAGCAUUCCUUCAAAUUGCGCAGACGAUAUUGUAUGGAGGGAGAAAACGUGGUUGAAGAAAAAUUAUGUUCAAAUGUCAACGAAUGUAGCGAAUUUGAGAUCGAUUGGAAAAUUUGUCUCUUUAAUGAUGCUGAUGUUAAACCACCGGAAUGGAGUGCAUGGGGGGCCUGGUCCGGAUGUAGUGCUAAUGAAUGCAUACCUGGACGACGAACGAGAAAAUGCAUCAAAGAAGGAACGACAGUGGAUGAUUGGCGAUGUGGUGGGCGAAGCGUGGAUGAAAACACCUUGCUUUGCGACAGUUGUAAAGAUCCUGGGGAUGGAGAUAUGGUAGAUGUUAAGUCUAAAUUCUAUACUGAUAUGAAGUAUCCUGAAAAUGACACGGAAUUAGUAAAAGCGAGCCAGCGUUCGAGAAAGAAUACAUACGGAUCAAGAUACACGCCUGAAGAACGAGCCCCUUUCUCUUGGGUCGUUUCACUAUCUGAUGAUAAAAGGGAACAUUUUUGCUCUGGAGUUAUUCUGAGCGAUAGAUGGAUAAUGACGGCGGGCCACUGUAUGUGUCCAGAUGAAAACGAUGACUGUUGUAACCCGGAUAAGGAAUGUGAUAUGAGUGAAUGGAUAGUAACAGCAGGUACACGAAACGUAUUAAAUAAAGACCAAAACAUCGUCCAAACAAGGAGUGUAGAAAGGGGUAUACUGCACAAAGACUACAAACAUUUGCCGGAAAAUGAUGAAAUGGAUAUUGCGUUAAUUAAAAUCAAAAUACCUUUUAAUUUCACAUACGACUAUGUCCAACCUUGUCUACUUCCGGCAAGUACAUGCGCCAAAAUGCUACCAGACGGCACAUGCCAGGAAUUUGACACAUGGGGAGAGUACAAAGAUUGUAAGGCGGCGGGUUGGAGUGGUGAAAAAGGCGUCCGAAGUGGUCUGGUGAUUGUAUGGGUCAAGGAAUCUAUUGAUUCGAAACAUAUAAUUGUAACAGAGACUACAAGGCCGGCGAAGGGGAAGAAGAAUGCCCAGAUUUGUAACGUACGUACGAUAUGCACGGGUAGUAUCUAA